UCGGUGCGAAUGCAAACGAAUGAGAAGGUCUAGUAGCCGGACUAAAAGGCUUGGACUCCUCCCUCCUGAAAGCGUCAGGCAUGAGGAAGCCAGGCUGUCUCUGCCGGUAGUUGCCGUUCACCAGCUCGUAGCGAGCAACGUGGAGAGCGGAGCCAAAACAUAAAAAAAAAGAACAAGGAAGGGAAGGAGGAAAAGUGUGCAGCAUGGCGGCGGGUGUGCGCUGUGUGUGUAUUGUACUGCUGUGUCUGAGCGGAGAGGUGCUGACAGGGCGGGAUUUCUACAAGAUUCUGGGGGUAUCCAAAAGCGCCUCGGUGAAGGAUAUCAAGAAGGCUUACCGCAAGCUGGCACUGCAGCUACACCCCGACAGAAACCCCGACGACCCUGCAGCGCAGGAUAAGUUCCAGGAUUUGGGGGCUGCUUAUGAGGUUUUGUCUGAUGAAGAGAAGAGGAAACAAUAUGACAUGUAUGGUGAAGAAGGUUUAAAGGAAGGUCGUCAAGGUUCCCAUGAUGACAUAUUUUCACAUUUCUUUGGAGAUUUUGGUUUUAUGUUUGGAGGCGGCCCACGGCAUCAAGACCGGAACAUUCCUCGAGGAAGUGACAUUAUUGUGGAUCUUGAAGUUACACUUGAAGAAGUGUAUUCAGGAAACUUUGUGGAAGUUGUAAGAAACAAGCCAGUAGCAAAACAAGCUCCUGGAAAGAGGAAAUGCAACUGCAGACAGGAAAUGAGAACCACACAAUUAGGCCCUGGAAGAUUCCAGAUGACCCAGGAAAUGGUUUGUGAUGAGUGUCCCAACGUUAAGCUUGUAAAUGAGGAGAGGACACUUGAAGUGGAGAUAGAACCUGGUGUUCGGGAUGGAAUGGAAUAUCCUUUCAUUGGAGAAGGUGAACCUCACAUAGAUGGAGAACCUGGAGAUCUGAAAUUCAGAAUUAAGGUUUUAAAGCACCCAAUAUUUGAGCGACGUGGUGAUGAUCUCUAUACGAAUGUCACAAUUUCAUUAGUGGAAGCACUGAUUGGUUUUGAAAUGGUUAUCUCUCAUUUGGAUGGUCACAAGGUCCAAAUAGUUAGAGACAAGAUUACAAAGCCGGGUGCAAAAGUAUGGAAAAAAGGAGAGGGUUUGCCAAACUUUGACAACAACAAUAUUAGAGGUUCACUCAUAAUAACAUUUGAUGUAGACUUCCCCAGGGAACAACUUACUGGUGAUCAGAAGGAAGGUAUAAAGCAGCUGCUUAAACAAGGACCAGUGAAGAAAGUGUACAAUGGACUUCAGGGAUAUUGAUGAAAACACAACAUGUGAUACUGAAAAUUUAACUAUUUAUUAUGAGGUUUCUAAUGUUGACUGUAUUUUUUGGGGUUGGAAAGGAAUUGCUAACCUUUUGAAAAACUGAAAUCUCUAUGUUUGAUUCUUAGCAACACAAGAUGUUUUUUGAAAUUUUUAUUUUGACCCUUGUUCAAUUUUGUGCCCCCGGCCCCAGCCAAGGUUGCAUCUGGCCAGAACAGCAAAAUAUGUUUGCAUUUUAAGAUGAUUAGAUACAUUUCGGUUUUUAUAUUUUAAACUGAAAAGGCAGCAGGUAAACAUCUCUAUCUUUAACCAUGUUCUCCUACUUGUAAAGUGUUAAGUAUUAUGGUAAUUCAAUUUUGAAUGUCUCAAGAAACAAGUGUAUUGAUUUCAGUGCAAUGUCAAACUUUGUAAAAAUUGUUCAGAAGUACUUUCAAUUUGAGAUUUUUGAGAUCUGUGGGGGCCAAAUAUUGCUUCAGUGGUCAAAACAAUUUGGUCUCUGUAAUAUCUGAAUAUGAAGAAUACAUCAUAAGUCUGCUCAGAUAUAUAUAAUUUGAUUUUAAUUUGUCACGAGCUGUAAAUUGACAUUGAAGUUUUGAAAGGAAGGCACAGUUCAAAAAUGACUCGGUGCACAGUACAUUGUCAAACGGAAAGAUAAACAGUAAACAACGUUGUUAUAAAGUGCAAUUCAUCAGCUAAAAUUGAUUGGGAAGAAAAUGCGUCUUGUUGUAGAUAGCAAGACCUAUGCAUUUCAUUUUUUGCAUUUGUUUCAGUUGAAGGAUUGGAGUACUGACAUCUAUCAUUUCAAAUUAAAUGCAACAAAAUAUGUUGAAUGUGUGAAACAUAGUGGAUUCUAGCAUAGUUCUUCCAAAUUAGAAGAAUACUGAUUAAUGUGAUCUCUACGGAUACUGAGAAAUUUUAAAGCAGCAAGUAAUAUUUUUUAUCAACUGUACCCAUUCUAAAACAAUGAGAAAAUGACACAAUUGUAUACAUUGCACAUUUCAAUGCUAUAGUUGGGAAAGAUCCUUCAGUCAGACUUAGUUUGGUUAUAGCAUUGUAAUAAAGGACCAGGUGCACUACAUGCAAGGAUAAGUACAGUCUAACUGUAUUUUCAGGUAAUACUCCAUUUAUUGUGUUAAACCUAAACAAACAGUAUCUUUUCAUUUAAUUGAAACAUGCAAGCAAUUGUUUUUAGCAUCCUGUUUUCAUAGUCUGGGAUUACAAAAUAUUGAUCUGCUACUGGAUCAGUAAAGUGUUGUACGUUGCUGUUCAAUGUUUUCAAAAAAAUUGUAUUUGUGCACUUCGAAAUUGAGUUAAUAGUUUUCUUAACUUCUGCUAUUCAAGGUUUGAUUGAAUUAAUGAGAAAAACAUAGUACCAAACAAAAAUGCAACAAAAUUUUAAUUUGAAAAGGUUUGAUGUGAAAAGCAGACAUUGUUUUAGAAGGAACAUUUUUGUAUAUAUAGCUAAAUAAAAAAAUUAGUUGAGGCAUUUUUGAGAAGCUAAUAUUUUCACAAUAACAAGUACUAAUGUGCAUAGAACAUUUUGCAACUUUUUAAAUGUCUCCACAAAAGCUGUGCAGAAUAUUAGAUAAUCUGCAGAUAUUUCCAUAAAUAUGUAUCUGGGUUGCUUUUGGUGUCACCAGAGUGAAUAUACCAACACUAAAUUGCCUGUGUACAUAAUACAAAUAGUCUUUAUAUAUGGUUACAAGCAGACCCACACAUUUUGCUAUGUCUCUGACUGAUUAUAUUUAACAAGGUAACCUGGUUGAAUGCACUGGCUGCAAAUGCAAAUCAUUAUCAAUCUAGAAGAGCUCAGUUAGCAAAAGGCAAAAGCACAAAUCUAUUUGUUCUAAAUGAUGUUUUAUAAACAUACAGAUUACACAAGAACCCUUGGUGAGGUGGGAAACUGAUUAAUCUAUAAUUGAAACUAAGGGUCAGAAUUUUUUGCAUUAAGAUGCUUAAUUCAUAGCUCUUUGUUGCCAAUUACUCUCACCUUUUUAUAAAGGAGUGAGUCUAAGCUAGGGCUUGUCAAAAUUUUGGGGGCACAAUCUCCAACUGAGUGCUUACCGCUGAAUGGUUCCUACAAUUCUUCACUUUUUUUAAAUGAAGUGUGGCCAAACUGGCUCAUCUUCUCGGCCUGAUUUACAGCCAUAUUUAGCCAUUGAAAAGGGAUCACAAUGUGAAAAAAUUUGGCAUGUGCUAAUUUAAACUGUACCAUAAACUUGUGAUUGAGAGGAAAACUGGUUAAACUUGAGGUGAGGAAGAAAAGUAAAUUAAAUCUUGUCACUUGUUAAGAAAGCAGGUUUCCAUUUGUAAGCAACAAACAACUAUGUGUGCAAAAAACAAAGAUUGCCUUAAAUAUGCAAAAAUUAAAUUUGUAUCAUCUA